AGAUGUUCCUCUUACGAAAUCUGUUGUUCCAAGAACCCUAGCAACUAGCCGCACUCUACUACAGUUAAUACUGCGAUACUUGCACCUACUCAUACUGGAUUAUCUUUGAUUAGAGAAUGGGAAUUCCUUCUUUCUACAAAUGGUUGACGGAUAAGUAUCCGGAGACGGUGGUGGACGCCAUUGAAGAAUCUCCGAGAGUGGUGAACGGCGUUGCUCUCCCAAUCGACGUCUCUCGUCCCAAUCCAAACGGCAUGGAAUUCGAUAACCUCUAUCUUGACAUGAACGGCAUCAUCCACCCUUGCUUCCACCCUGAAGACCUGCCAGCUCCCAAGACCUAUGAGCAAGUCUUCAAAUCCAUUUUCAAGUACAUUGAUAAGAUCUUCUCCGUAGUUAGGCCUCGCAAGCUUUUAUUCUUGGCAAUUGAUGGUGUUGCUCCGCGAGCUAAGAUGAAUCAACAACGGUCAAGGCGUUUCAGGGCUGCUAAAGAAGCAGCUGAGAAAGCCUUGAAAAUGGAAGGUCUUAGUUGCGUUUCUGAAUCAGAAGAAAAAUCUACCCUUUCAGAGCAACUUAAGGAGAUGGACUCCAAUGUAAUCACACCUGGAACUGAGUUCAUGGCGUUAUUGUCCUCUGCACUUAGAUACUACAUACGAUUGAGGAUGAAUGGGGAUUCAGCCUGGAGGGGAAUAAAGGUAAUUCUCUCUGAUGCCAAUGUACCUGGUGAAGGGGAGCACAAGAUAAUGUCUUACAUUCGCUUGCAAAGAGAUUUGCCAGGAUUUGAUCCAAAUACACGGCAUUGCUUGUAUGGAUUGGAUGCAGAUCUUAUCAUGCUUGCAUUGGCUGCCCAUGAAGCACAUUUCUCAAUUCUAAGAGAGUAUGUCGACUGGGGAGGGAAAAAGGGUAAAUUGAAGACUCAGUUUUUGAAGAAUGGAAAAGCAAAUCGGACUUGGAAUUGGAAAAAGAGAAAUGUAAAUUUAGAGAAGAAGGGAAGGGUAGCUCAGAAUCUAGAUGAUUACAUCACGUGGUUGAAUUUUCAGUUUCUCAACAUAUGGGUUUUGAGGGAGUAUUUAGAGUAUGAUAUGAGAAUCCCAGGCUUAACAUUUGAGGCAGACCUGGAGCGCCUGAUUGAUGAUUUUGUCUUAAUGUGCUUGUUUGUUGGGAAUGAUUUUCUGCCACAUAUACCAACUCUGUCAAUAUCUGAGGGGGCCAUUGAUUUGCUAAUGAUGGUGUACAAGAAGGAAUUUGUGAAAAUGGGUGGUUACUUGACAGACUCUUUUCAGAUAAAUUUUGCACGUGUGGAGCAUUUUAUACAAGCUCUGAGUUCACAUGAAGGUGCCAUCUUUAGGAAAAGGAACCAGAUAAUGAAAGAGAAGAAACAUUGCUCUUUAAAAAGGAAGCUUGCAAAAUUGCUGCAGAAUGAUCCUAAUACACAUUCCACAAGUCAUGGAUCUUCUCUUUCAGUGGAAGAAGUACGGCACAAGCUUGCAGAAUUGCUGCAGAAUGAUCCUAAUAUACAUUCCACGAGUCAUGGAUCUUCUCUUUCAUUGGAAGAAGCUGGAGGCGUGGGUUUUGAAGGCUCGAUCCGCCGUUUAUACAAGGAAGCUGAUAUUUUAGCUGAGAAGAUUAAACUGGGAGAAGAUGAUUGGAAAGAAAGAUACUAUGAAAAAAAGUUUGAGGCCAAGACCAAAGAUGAGCAAGAGAGAGUUCGGAGGCAUGCGGUUGUUAAAUACAUAGAAGGGAUUUGUUGGGUCAUGAGGUACUACUAUUUUGGAGUGUGCUCUUGGCAAUGGUUCUACCCUUAUCAUUAUGCACCAUUUGCAUCAGAUUUCUGUGGUCUUGAUCAGUUGGAAAUUCACUUCACACUUGGAGAACCUUUCAAGCCAUUUGACCAAUUAAUGGCUGUAUUGCCUGCUGCAAGUGCAUCUGCUCUUCCUCCAUUUUACAGGAAAUUGAUGACAGAUGAAUCGUCACCUAUACUGGACUUCUAUCCUUCUGAUUUUAGGCUUGAUAUGAAUGGAAAACGUCGUAAGUGGCAGGCAAUUUGCAUUUUACCCUUCAUUGAGGAGUCCCGUCUUCUUUCAGCAGUUGCUCAAGUUGAGCACACAUUGACGGAUGAGGAAAAAAGAAGAAACAGUUUGGUUGUGGAUAUCCUAUUUGUUCAUGUUUCACAUCCUCUGGCAGACAUUGUAAUUCCUUUCUCUAAGCAGAACUCUCAUCCUAAUAUGUUGUUGGAAAUUGACCCAAAAAUCAGUGGUGGAAUGAAUGGAUUUGUUUGCCAUUCCGAUGAAUCAAUCUGGUCUGAGGAAGUUUAUUCACCAAUUGACGGCAUGCAGAUGAUCACAAAUAAUGAAGUCAUAUCUAUCAUGUACAAAUAUCCACUGUUUCAUUUCCAUAUCUCAAGACUGCCACAAGGGGUGAUCUUGCCUGGCAAGUCUGUGAGAGAACAGGAAAUUUCACCACCACACAUCUGGCAUGAGACGGUUGUUUCCAGAGGUACAUCUUCUAGAAGGCCAAUUCCCAAGUCCAUUGCAGGUUCUCAUCUGGCAAAUUUGUCUCAUCGACUUGUGUCUUUGUGUAAUCCCACCAAACAAGAAUAUAAACAUGGAUACAAGGGACCUGGUUUCCGUGUAGAUGCAUCUAGAUUGGGGGGGAGUGGAAGAAAAGUUAUUGCUGGGAAAUGGAACAAGGAUAACAGGAACUCCAUUGGUGACAGAUAUAAAAGAAGGGAAAAUGGUGAAGGCGAAGGCAUCCCACACAAUGCAGGGAAAUUGAAGCAGAGCAUUACCAGUGAACAGAGAGAGGGUAAUCAUGCUGGUGCUGAUGGAAUCAAGGAAAUAAAAAUAGAAAUUCUUUCUAAAAAAGCGAAAAGGAAAUUAAGAAGAGAACAGAAUGAAGGUUUUGGUGUCCCAGAUAAAGAUGUUGUAGAAUUGGAGCAUAGGAAUCAAACAAAAUGUGAUAAUGAGAAAAUGGACAGUUACACCAGUAUUGAGAAACUAGAGGGUUGCAUUGCUGGGAACAAGAGGCAAGGUUAUGAUGCUCCUGUAGUUGCAGAAGAGGCGGUGGGAAUAAAAACACAGGUAAAUUCCAGUAAAAGAAAACGAAGGUCUCGUAAAAGGAGACAGAUUGAAGCUGCUGAUAGCUGUUCUUUUAAGGAAGAAAGGAACCAUGCAAAUGCGUGUGCACUCUGGGAAGCUAAAAGUGCUGAACUAAGUGAUGAGAAACUCGACAGUUCUGGUGUUAUACAGCAGAUAGAUGGCAAUGCUCACCAGGUAGGAGCUAAUGGACAGGAAAUACAGACUUCAAAUGAACGGGAAACACAAGCACAAAUCAAUACCAAGAAGAAGAAACGGAGAUCAAAAGCAAGAAGUUCCCUAAACUGCACUGUGGAGCCAUUUGAUUCUUGUGGUCAUAUCCAACAGGUUCGAUGUGAUGGUAACUUUGCUGGUGCAAGUGGACUGGUGGUCCCCUCCAAGGGAAUAGAAAUGAAACAAAUUGAUGGCAGCCAAAAUAACAGUCUUGAUGGUGGUGUUUCCAGGGAACAGGGAGGUGGUUCUGGUGAUCAUGUUGGUGUGAGCGCAGCUUUGGAAAUUAAUACAGUAGUCAAAUCCAGGAAGAGGAAGCCGAGAUCCAAGAAAAGGAGAAAAAUUGAAGAUGCUCUCCCCAUGGUGGAGUCUGGUGUUCUGAGCAAGGAGGUUGGUUGUGAUGGUAACAUUGUAGGUGCAAGUAUACUGGUGGCCCCCAUCUCGAGGUCAGAAAAGAAACAAGUAGAUGGCCUCCUAAGUAACGGUCUUGAGGAAGUUGGGGCUAUUGUUUUGAGGGAACAGGGAGGUGGUUCAGGUGACCCUGUUGGUGCAAGUGCAACAGCAGAAAUUAAUACUGAUGUCAAAUCCAGGAAAAGGAAAUCAAGAUCCAAGAAGAGGUUUAAAAUUGAAAAUCUUGUUCUCCCAGUAUCAGAUUCUGGUGUUCUGGGCAAGCAGGUUGGCUGCGAUGCUAACAUUUUAGGUGCAAGUGGACUGGUGGGCACCCCCAAGGGGUCAGUAAAGGAACAACCUGAUGUUAUCCCAAAUAAGAGUCAUGAGAAAGUUGGGACUGGUGCUCUCAGGGAAGGAGGAGAUGGUUAUGGGGACCAUAUUGGUGUUGGUGCAGCAGCAGAAAUUAAUGCAGUUGUCAAAUCCAGGAAGCGGAAACCAAGAUCCAAGAGGAGAAAAAUUGAAGAUCAUUCUAUCCCCACACUAGAUUCUGAUGCUUUGAGCAAGCAGGUGGUCUGUGAUGGUAAUAUUGUAUGUGCAAGUGGACUGGAGGCCUCAUCCAAGAGCUUGGAAAAUAAACAACUUGAUGGCAUCCCGAAUAACAGUGUUGAGAGAAUUGGAGAUGGUAUUUUCAGGGAACAGGGAGGUGGUUCUGGUGACCAUGUUGGUGUAGGUGCAGCAGCAGAAAUUAAUACAUGUAUCAAGUCUAGGAAGAGGAAAUCAAGAUCCAAGAGGAGGAGAAAAAAUGAAGAUCAUGCUCUUCCCAUAUUGGAGUCUGAUGUUCUGAGCAAGCCGGUGGGCUGUGAUGGUAAAAUUUUAGGUGCAAGUGGACUGGUGGCCCCUUCCAAGGGGUUAGAAAAGGAACAACUCGAUGGCAACUUGAAUAACAUUCUUAAGAAAGUGGAGGCUGGUGUUCUCAGGGAACAGGGAGGUGGUUCUGGUGAUCAUGCUGGUGUAGAUGCAGCAGUGGAAACUAAUUCAGAAGGCAAAUCCAAGAAGAGGAGAUCGAGAUCCAAGAAAAGGAGAAAAAUUGCGGAUCAGGCUCCCCCAGCAUUGGAGUCUUGUAUUCUGCACAAGCAGGCAGGCCGAGAGGAUAACAUUGUAGUUACAAGUGGACUGGUGGUGCCUCCCUCUGCAGGGUUGGAGAAGAGACAACUCGAUCGCAUACCAAUUAACAGGCUUGAGGAAGUGGAGGCUGCUGUUUUGGGGGGAGAGGGAGUUGGUUCUGGUGACCAUGUUGGUGUAGGUGAAGCAGUGGAAGUAAAUACAGAAGUCAAACCAAAGAAGAGGAAACCGAGAUCCAAGAAAAGGAGACAAAGUGGAGACAAUGCUCUCCCCGUAUUGGAGUCUGGUGUUUUGAGCAACCAAAUCAGCUAUGAUGGUAACAUUGCAGGUGCAAGUGGUCCGGUUGGCCACCUCCAAGAUGGCGAAAAAGAAACUUUGAUGGUAUCCUGAAUGUUGGUCUUGAGGAAGUGGAGGCUAGCGUUGGCAGGAAACUGGGAGGUGGUUCUGGUGAUAAUGUCGGUGCAGGUGCAGCAGCAGAAAUUGAUACAGAAGUCAAAUCCAGGAUGAUGAAAGAGAGAUCCAAGAGGAGAAUUGAAGAUGAUGCCUCUCCCAAAUAUGGCAUCUAGAAGUUGUAAGGUCUUGUGCUUGUGAGAUGAGAAGGUAAUGUCGGGUUUACAGUUUUGAGUUUGAGAGAUGGAUUGCUUGUAGAAUUAUAGGCGUGGCUCUGCACUGUAGAGCAGUGUGGUUUAGAAGAAUGUUAUGCUGCAGAAUCGAGGUCCGAGUUUUAAAAGCAUGUGCAUCCAGAGUCUGUGAUAUGGGAAGCCAAUUCUGUUGGAUUCAGAAAUUUUGUAGAGUUUAAUUUAAGUGAUGUUUCUUUUUAUAAUAUUUUCAUACUAAGUAGAGGGUUACAAAUUUUUUUUAAUUAAAGAAUUAUUUUUAAAAAAAAUCGUGUUGAAUA